UCAUUUUCUAUAGCAAGAAAACAAAAGACACAAGGCUUAAUUCUGAUUGAGUAUAUAUGGAAACUGUGGGAGCAAUCUGUGAAGGGGAAUGGAACUCUAGCUUUAGCGGGAUCUGCUCAGACGAGGCGGACUUCAUGGCGCAGCUGCUCGGGAACUGCUCUGUCCCGAGUGCUGCUUUCUGGGCUGCAAAUGACGGAGAUUUUGCUGCCAAGGACACCAAUGCCACCACCAUCUUUUCCUUUUCACUUGGAAAUAAUAACAGCAUCACUUUGAGUUACCCUUAUGUGAGCAACAACACCUCUUUGAUGGCAAUGGACUACUCUGUGCUUGAUGCCAAGAACAGUGUUUUGGAAGGCGAUUGCUUCCUAAACGACGGAAGCUCAGAGGACAAACUGCCCGGAGAAGUUCUUCAAGAAUCAUCACAUAUCACCACCCAUUCUCAUCAUAUAUCCAAGAAAAGGCCUCAAAUCCCUACAGGAUGUCAAAGAAACAAGAGGCUCAAGAAAUGUGCUAAGGCUGAAGAUGAAAAUGACACCAACAAUACUACUAGCACUAAUCUGGUGCUUCACAGACAGAGCUCAUCGAGUGGCUGCUGCUCAGAGGACGAAUCAAAUGCUUCCAAGUCGAGCUCGAGCUCGAGGAGAAGUGGAGCUCAGGACAUGAAGGGAAAGGCUAGAGCGAGUAGGGGAUCGGCUACUGAUCCACAGAGCUUAUAUGCAAGGAAAAGAAGAGAGAGAAUCAAUGAGAGAUUGAGAAUCCUGCAGAACUUAGUGCCAAAUGGAACUAAGGUUGAUAUUAGUACAAUGCUUGAAGAGGCUGUCCAAUAUGUCAAAUUCUUGCAGCUGCAGAUUAAGCUAUUGAGCUCAGAUGAUCUAUGGAUGUAUUCUCCUAUUGCCUACAAUGGAAUGGAUUUAGGACUUGACUUGAAGAUUCCCUCUCCAAAACCACAAUCAUGAUGCAGAUUGCAGAUGAUGAUGACAAAGAGCUUUUCUGUGAAUAAAUACCACAUCAUAGACCUAAUGGAAGCCAUUUCUGCAAUGGAUUCUUGAUUUUAUUUUAUUUUAUUUUUUGGAAUACAUGUACACUAAAAUAUAACCGAGGCAAAGACAACAUCUUCUCAUUGAUGAGGACUGAUAAACCAUUAUUUUUUAGGUUCUCUUAUAUAAAGUUCACUAUUCUCAUGGAAUAAGCCAUGAAGGAUGAGUAAUAUUCAAAUCAUAAGAGUUUCUGUGUA